CACAACCAAACUGCCAAUCAGCCAGUGCCGAAUAGAUUUGUUUACGUUACAGUCAUCAUAUCAUACGCUUAGUCUGACUUUGGUGGUACGUGUCGAAAGAUAAACUUGUUAUACAUCAUAUUAUCGUAUCAGUAUUCAGUAUAAAGUUACAAGGAAUCUUCAUCUGGAACAAUGCGUGUGGAUCUGGGUGUUGUUGUGCUUUUAGCAGCCUGUUCUGUUGUUUACUCUGGUGAAGAAGAAAAGAAGAAAGAAAAAGUUAAGAAGUUGCAAAUUGGCGUGAAAAAGCGUGUCGAUAACUGCACUUUAAAAAGUCGUCGGGGUGACUUGCUACACAUGCAUUAUGCGGGUAAAUUAGAAGAUGGUACAGAGUUUGAUAGCAGUUACCCACGUGGACAACCUCUUACCUUCACCUUGGGAUCUGGGCAAGUUAUUAAAGGAUGGGACCAAGGCCUUAUUGGGAUGUGUGAAGGAGAGAAAAGAAAACUUGUGAUUCCUUCAGAUUUGGGAUAUGGUGCUUCAGGAGCGCCUCCCAAGAUUCCGCCUCAUGCUACCCUUGUCUUUGAAGUGGAACUUGUCAAGAUUGAGCGAAAAGAAGAGCUAUGAAAAACAAGAUAUCUUUUUAUAUAUUGAAUAUUGUUAAGUAGUCUUUUGUAGUAUUAGGUUCUUUAUAAUAAGAUCAUGCCUCUGAUGUGUGUAGCGUUUUGUAAUAAUACAGUACAGUGUACUGAAACUGGUUAUUUCAAGUACGUAUUUACCUUAAUAAGAAAAUGCAACAGUGGAGGAAAGCCAUUGGUUAGCAUGCAUUUGUAGAAAUAAAUGUUGCAUUUCAUAAUUCAAAAUAUGUAUAUAUACUGUACCCUUUAAGAUUCAUGGUAUCCAGCUGAGUACAGUACUAAAUAUUCAAGGAACUGGUGAGCAGAUUAAAUAAUGCAAAGUAGUAUAUAAUACAAAGCAGCAAAGAAAUAUAAAAUUUUCUGCUCAGUUUGUAGCUCUCUGAUACAUUCCUGCCACGUAGAGACCAGUUGUAUAUAGCAGUAUAUAUAACUGAAUCCGAAAAUUUGGAACAUGAUAAAUCCAUAAAUAAAGGUAUAAGCCAUGAAGGAAAAAUAAACAAUGAAGUUUCUGCAAGAUCUUUCGACGUUCAACGUCCUUUACUUAGCAGAUAAACUGCUAAGUAAAGGACGUUGAAUGUCGAAAGAUCUUGCAGAAACUCCGUUGUUUUUUAAUUUUCCUUCGUGGCUUAUACCUUUAUUUAUAUAACAGUAUGUGUACAUAUAAAAUGGUAGGUGUAGAUAUAAAUUUCUCUUAAUUUUUUGUGUGUAGAAUUUGUUGUUCUUAUUCAUUACCAUGCCAUUGCAUUUAAGAAAAUAACUGUCCCAUUUCUUUAUCCCAUUUAUAGUGAUAAAGGCUAAACACUCACUCAGGUUGAGGCAAUAGACUCUAAUAUUUAGACUAUCAUUGCUCUAGUUUUGUUGUACCUUUUAUAUGUUAAUGCAUAUAAUAUUAGUUCUUGAGGGAUUGAUAUCCUAUAUUUAACAUGUAUUUUACCCAAUUUAUAUCACCAUCAUUCUUCAGAAAUACCAGUUGUCAGUUAGUUAUUGUUGGUUUUUAUGAAACAAGCAUGAUUUCUUUCAUAUACAACAGUAGACUCUAGAAUUGAUGAUUAACUCCUACUAUUUCCUGUAGUACUUAUAAAAUAUCUGUGCUGAUGAUAAUUUUUAAGUAAAGGCAGCUUGCAACUCAUGACUUGGAAAAUGUGAAAAAGGGUCAGGGGUCAGUUAGUAAAAGUUUCCUUGGUUAGUGUAAGAAUCUCUGACAUUUUAUCAAGGAUCAGUUGGAGGUUGUGAGGAUGUGUUGCUUUUAUAAGUACAGUUGACCCCCGGGAUUCGUGAGGAAUGUGUAUCACAACCCCCAUGAAUAGCUAACAUCCCCAAAUUCUUGACACCCCCCUCUAAAAAUGCUUACAACUUCCUAGUUUGAUAGUUCAAACACCAAACCACCCUUUAGAAAUGUUUAUACAUGAAUAUUUUAAUAGCUUUGUCACAAGAAAUGCAUUUAGUCACGAAAAAGAUGUGAAAAUACAGUAAUUAGUGACUAUUUUUCUAUAGAAAAUUCCAGGAAUAGGCAAAUUUUCUGCUAAUAAUGUGGACAUACGUUCCACAGAAAAAUCUACAAAAUUAGUGAAACCAUGAAUCCAGAACUGCAAAUAGGCAGGGGUCCACUGUAGUAGUACGUAGCUUCAUCCACUUUGCAAGUUACAGUGAAUCAUCCAUGAUUGGAAUUUUGGUAAUAACAGGAAUAUAUAUUGCUCAUGCAUAUACAGAUGCAAUAAACAAGUUGAAAGAUAGAUCCAAGAAGAGGCAUACAAGUCAAAUUAUGUAAAUGUAAGUUUUUAUAGGAUAAAGGUUAGUAAGCAACUUCAGAAGGAAUUACAGUUUACCAGUUCACUUUGAUUAAAGUUUAUGAAUAUGUAUUAUUGAUACUGUAUAAAGGUAUUGAUUUAUUAAAGAUUGAAUUAUCAAAGGUAACGUAAGUAUUGAUGAAUUAAGACUGAUGAACAAGAUUUUUCGUGAUCUCUAAGUUAGUAUGUUGGUUAUCAAAAUAUAAUCCAUAAUUUACAUUAAAGGCAUGAAAGUAUUAUUUAGGGUUUGUCUACAGUUCAGAGGGUAUUUAAUAUAGGGUUAGUAUAGAAGCUCCAUGGACUAAUCUGUAAAGAUUAUUUCUUAAGUUAUGAGUAGCCAGGGAUUGCCAUAAGCAGGAUUGGUUUACAAAUUAAAGAAUAAUUGUAUAUAAGCUUCUCAAAAAAAGAUUGGCCUGCCAUCAGAAGUAACACACCUUGAAUGAAGGAAGAAGAAAAAGAAGGAAAGAGCAAAGUGACUGAGGAUGCUAACUAUGCAAAGUAUAUAUUUUGCAAAAGGGAAACUUGCUCCUGAGGAUUCAACUGCUAAUUUUAGCAAUACACCCUGUAUCUUCCAAGAGUUAUAUCUUGAUUAUCUCUAGUAAAGGGAAAAGAAAGCAUUUUAUGCAGAGUAAAGGCUCUGGCAGAUUUCAAGUGGAAUGAUUUACAUGUAUGUUGUUAAUUAAGAGACAAAGCUAUGAUUAACUUUGAGCUAUUAGACUUGAAGUUGAGUUGAGUAAUGGGUUGUUUUGGAAUACUUUACUUGGUGUUGCAAUAUAGCCUUGGGGACAUUAAUAUUAUGUUUUAUAGACAUUAAGAUCAGUCACCCAUCAUUGACUACAUACUCAGAGAGGAUGUUAUACUGAAAGACAUGAAACUGUUGGGAACGAUAUACAGAAGUUAGAACACAAUUGUAUAUUACAGUUUUAAUGUGAUACAUAUAGGCUACCAGUGAUGAAAUAACUAUCCUCCAGGGCAGAUUUCUUCAUGAACAUGUAUGUUUUUACGUGUGGUGUUCUAUUUAUGGCCUAAGAUAUGCAAUGAAUUAUCUCCAGUCUUGUGUUUUGAACGUACUACCUGUGUUCAUAUUUAGUCCAAGUUAACUUUAAUCUGCUGGAUAGCAGAGUUAUGUGUAAUAUAUGGCAUGCGUGUGGCCAGGCCUUCGCCUCCCAUUGGGAAAGCCAAGCACACAGGAAGUUGCUCACUUACCUUUCCUUUUUCCUGACUAGCCUAAUCUUGCAUCUUUGUGUAAGUUCUCCUUUUACCAAGUUUAUGUAAUAGUUUUGUAAUGUUGCACUUUUAUAGUUGGAUAUCAGUUAACCAACUUGAUAUUUGGAUUCCCAAAAUUACUAUUAAUAUUUUAUGCUUAUGCUACAGGGAAUUGAUCAGCUACGUUUAUUGAAAGUUACCGUGAGACUGCUACUGUAAAGCCUAAUUGAACAAAAUCACUUAAACUAUUUGUAAGAUCAAAUUAUCAAACUAUUUGUAAGAUCAAGAUAAUUUUAUUUAUGGAUUGCUUGGUAGAAUUAUCAAAUAUUAACUGGAAUAUUAUUGACUAAGUUUUUUAUGAGGUUUUAAGUUUCUAAUUUAUUAGUUUCCUGUUAUUAUUAUAAUUCCUCACAUGUCACAUAAAGUAAAUUAUGUAUAUAAAUACUGUAAUUUAAUCUUGCUGAAUUACAGUAUUUAAUCAAACUCUUAAUAAGUUUUUUGAAAGUUUAUACUGUUUGUUAUCAGUAUACGUAGCAGUGAUUGAUGGCCAGCUCAGUCUAUACGUACUGUGGACUUAUUGAGUAUCAUCUGCAAAACUUACUCCUUGUGGUAGCCAUGUGUUAUCAGGUUUAUGUGAAUCUUCAGAAGAUCAUUAAUGGACAUUUGCCUGCUGAUCCACUAGGCUUUGAAUUAAUUCCUCACAGUUACUGCACAGUCAUGAUGAUACAUGUACUGAUACUAGCAUACAGGCUAGUAGGAAUUGAUUAGUCAGGUAUGCUGUAUGGUUUUGUAGCAUUUUAGUUUCAAUACAAGGGAGAUUGGAUUUGCCUUAUUAUUGGUACUUCCCCCAUCUUGUUCAUUACAUUUUUGGUCUUUGUAUAGAAAGUUGCAUUUUCAAUAGACCUAUUUCUGGUUUCAGUUUCAUUGUACUGUAACUGUUCUUUGUCUCUUAUUUUUAUUUUUAGAAAGUCCACACUUGCUGGGUUUUCUUUUUAACCUGUGGGCAUAAAGGUUUUUUUCCUAAUCUUUACUAAUUACUAAUUGGCUCACCCUAAGUUUUGUUGAAUACUUUACUACUCUUUUGUAAUUGGAUAACUUUGUUUAGAUAUAAAGGUUGAUGUGAAUUCUCAUAAAUAGAAGAAUGCAAUUUUAUUGUUA